AUGCCGCCGAAGAAAGCCAAGAGCGUCGCGUCCGUAAAGGACAAGAACGGCGCAGCCGCCACGACGGCGGCGGCGGAGGACCUCAACAAGGCAUUAGAGGCUGAGCUUCUCACUUUGGAGAUUCAGCUUCAGGAGAAAGAUGACCAGCUAACUGAAACUUUAAAGCGAGAGAAUCUCCACACGGAAAAGUGCAAACAGUGUGAAGAAGAUCUCGAGGCGGAGGAGAGACGCCGCCUUGCCAUCUGCGCUGACCUUGUGCGACGGCACAAAGCACUGCAGCUCGACUACACAAAUCAGAUAGGAGCGAUGGAAGCGACACUACAAGGAUACAAACGCGAAUACGCCGAACAGAUGACUCUUCUCAGGCAGCUUGGUGCGGCGAAAGACAAGGAGGUUGCCGAGCACGAUGCGCGUGUAAAAGCUCUAAAAGUAAAGAUGGAUCGUGUUUCAGAAGAGUUCGCGCGCUUGCUCAUGGAGAUCCAGGAAGUCAUGGCAGAACGCGUCAAGUCACCUUUACUCGAAGCGGCCGACGAGACGCAGCGUUUUUCCGAGGUUCUCGAGGCCAGCAAAGGCCAGUACUUCAAAAAGCUGGGAGAAAUUAUCCGUGACCGGGAAGAAAAAUAUCCCCUCGGAAGCGGAUGGAGAGGGGCUGGUAUGAAGGCACCAAAAGCUGUACGCUCUUUGGGAGUUUCGUAG